AUGAAUAUAAAAGGUGGCAGGCCCUUUGCACCAUCAAGAUAUAUAACGGUGGUUAUUCCCGCAUUACUAUGUCUUUUUUUACAGAAUAACUACGCAUAUUAUGGUGAUACAACCUCAGAAUCACAAUAUGGCAGUAAGGGAUGCUCAAGAAUGUUAUCUGAAACUAAUUUUAGAAAAUCUAAAAAAGGAAAUGGACCACAUAAAAUUGCAAACCAUAAUAGAAGAAACGAUUUUGCAAAUACAUCAAAGAAUAAUCAUGGCGAAUUCAAUGCUAGAGAAUUAAUUGAUUUUUUAGAGGAUUCACGUAGUUCUAAGGGUGACAUGGUUAAGCACCAUAAGAAAAAUAAAAGAACUUCUGCCGAAAUGAAUGGUAAACGCAAAAAAAAACGUGAACAAUAUUUUGAGGAACAAGAAGUGUAUGAUGAAUAUAACGGACAAAAUGGGCAAUAUAAUGAGGAGAGUUACGAUGAUGGAUAUAGAAAUGGAAGUUAUUAUGGUGAGGCAUAUGCUGGAAAUAGCGGGAACGGUCAAACAUACGCAGAUGAAAGACAGAACAACCAUAAUUACACAAAUGAAGAAUAUUACAAUGGUGAGCCUGAUAUGUAUAAUGGCAACGAAGAGGAAAAUAUUCCUGAUAAUGAUCAUGGCAACUUGAAUUCAUUUGAUAAUGUAAGGAGGGGACACUCAAAGGAUGGUAGAUCGCCAAAACGUGAUAAUACAAAUAACGUAAUAUCUCGAGUUAAUGGUAUGGGUAACACACAGACGAGUGAAAUGGUAAAUUCUUAUGAAACAUAUAAAAACAAUAAUAAGAGUUCCCAAAACAGUGAUUGUGGUAUAUUACAGGAAGAUGUAGAUGCCAUUCUAAACAAUUUAAAUGAUUUGGUGCAUGAUACCGAUAUGCUUAAUAUAUUCGUUCUUGUCAAUGUGAUAGAGAGAAAUAAGUUCUUUGAAUCAUUGCAAAGUUUAAUGUUGUACUGGAAUGAUUAUGCUAAUGCUUCCAAGAUACCAGAUGAAUAUAAAACUAAGCAGUGGUUGAAAGUUUACAGUGAUAUGACAGAUGAGCUAAUGCAAAGAGAACGAAAAUUUUAUAAUAAAUUACACCAUAUUCUUGUUAAUACAUAUGGUCCAAAAAAAACAUAUGUUAUUUUUAUAAAAGAUGUAAGAUGUACCUGGAUUAAGAUGAGGCAAGAAAUAGAGAGGUACUGGAAAGAUUAUUUAGAAAAUAAAGCAAGAAGAUAUGUUAAAAAAAAUUUAAACCGCGAAUGA